CCUAAAUUCUCUGAUGUAAUCUCAUUUCCUCCAUUGCCUCGUUUUUAACCUAGACGUUCUCCUUCACCAGUCAAAUCGGCUCUUUGAUACUCUCCGGCGAGAUUCCGACUUAAACCAAGUAAAAGAUGAACACGAUGGCGAAGCGAGUUACGGGGUUCGUGACUCGGACGAGUCAUAACCACCAGUUGCAGCAAGAGCGAGGGAUACGAGUGAAGGUUUUCUCCGGUAAUCUGGACAAGGCGCUGACGAUUUUGCAGAAGAAGAUGCAAUCAAGUGGUAUGGAGAGGCUUAUCAAAGCAACUCAGACUCAUCACAUUAAGAAUUCGGAGAAGAAGGUUCUUGCUAGGAAGAAUCUCGAACGCAGAAUCAAAUCCAUUGACUUUGCUCGUAAACUACAAUCAAUCCUCAUCAAGAAAGUCAGGUAA